GCUACUGAUGCAAGAGGAAAUAAGAUUGUGAUCUGUUUGGCAGUAACUGCAGAGUUUCUGUUUCCUAGUGUUCCUAACUUGGUCACGCCUCCAGAUAGGAACACUGCUGGACUUCCUGGAAUUCUCCAGUUCAUCCACUGAACAAUCCCAGAGUCUCUGUCACAGCAAAAGAAUCUUUUACAGAAGGAGUCUGGGAGCCGUUGGAGCAGCAGGUCCCCUUCAGGUUUGCACAUUUAUUUGUAAACCCUUAAAGCUCGCUGCAAGAUUUGGACUCUGUAAUUCUCAGCGAUGAAUUUAUCUGCCCAUAACAACAUUUCUUCCAACAUCACUGGGAAUGGGAGGAACGUCAACUGCCAGAUUGAUGCGGAAUUCAGAUACAUACUCUUCCCAAUAGUCUACACUGUCGUCUUCAUUCUGGGGGUCCUGGAGAACUGUUAUGUGCUGUGGAUUUUUAAAUACUUGACCCCCAGCAGGAAUACAAAUGAGAUUAAAAUCUUGAUGGUAAAUUUGAGUGUGGCUGACCUGCUAUUUAUCCUGACCCUUCCCCUUUGGGUGAUCUACUAUAUUAAGGAGGGGGACUGGAUAUUUUCUGAGAUUGUUUGCCGAUUAGCCGGCUGUCUAUUUUUUAUCAACACCUACUGCUCUAUCGCAUUUCUUGCAGUGAUUAGUUACAACAGGUACUGUGCUGUGGCGUAUCCAAUAGAAACAAUUCAGAGCACAGGCAGAAAGCGGGGUUGUAUUAUAUCAACAGUAAUCUGGGUUAUAAUUGCUGUCAGUGCAACGCCCUUCCUAUUUCAACAAGGAACAAACGAGGUUGGUGAACAUAGACGAUGCUUCGAGGGAUACAGCAAAGAUAUAUCUGUGGUUGCCAUUAAUUUCGUCCUGGUUGGAGCUUUCUUCAUUGCCUUCCUUGUUGUUAUCAUUUGCAAUGUACGCAUCCUCAGUCUGUUAUCCUCCCAGCCUGCCCAACCAAGGAAGAGCAGAAAAGUCCGAAUGCAAGCUUUUCGCAUGGUGUGCACAGUCAUCAUUGUUUUCCUCAUCUGCUUUGUUCCUCAUCACUUGGUCCAGGGUCCCUGGACUCUCACUGUCCUGGAGAUGUGGAGGAAGGAUGAUUGUGUCUUUCGCCGUCAAGUGAACAACGCUCAUCAGAUCACACUCUGCUUGAUGGGUCUGAAUUGUACCCUGGAUCCCAUCAUAUACUGCUUCCUGACUCAAAAGUUCAGGAAAUUCUUCACACACAGCUUAAAGAGAUGGAAGUCUGCUCGGAAGAGCACUCAGACCAUCUCCUGUGAGACAAAUCUGGGAGAAAUAGGUCUACAAAGCACCAGCGUGGGAUAAAUAUAACACUGGACCAACCUGACAUGUGUCAACGUGAGUUUUAGUGUUACUCUGCUGGUGAAUAUGCCAAUCACAUGUUGUAAGAGCCAGUUCAAGUAACAGGGACAUAUUUAAUGAUUCAUAAAGUAUAAUUUUUCACUUGCCUUUGGAUAUAGGCUUUCAAUUAUAAUAACAGUUGCAACCCUUGUGUUAAAUUUGCAGUUCUGACCCAAAGGAGUAAGGACCAAAUUAGAUGUGGUGAUCUUGCUCAGACAGAACUGUGUUGAGAACAUUUUUAAAGACUGAUUGGGAAUUGGGUGGGUGUAGGGAUUUAAGUAGAGCAAACCAUAGGGGCAUGCUGGUUGACUCCCAUCACUGACAUUAAGCAAGAGGUGGCGGAAUCAAGGAUUCAAAGGGCACUUGGGGAAUUAUAAAAUGUAGGAAGAAUGCAGGAGGGUGGCGACUCGUUGCAAGCUGCUCUCUGUAGAUCUACUCAUUACUUCUAUAUAAUUUACCAAUUUAUUCCUCAUUGCACAAAUGAAGCUGACUAUCCCUGGGUUCCUCAUUGCACUGAAUACACACAGGGGAACAAUUAGAAGCGUCAGCUGAGGUCCUGGGCUAUGGAGGGAAAGAUAUGUGAGGGUUUCCACUCCUGAUUGUCAGGCAAGGUAGAGGAUUGCACUUGGAUAUAAUUCCCAAUCCCACUUAGAUAUAAAAAUGGCCAAUUUAGAAUGGUCCAGAAUCCACUGCACCAUUUUCCAACCACAGAUCCUUUAGGGAAGAGUCCUUUGUGAGGAGAAAUUCAGUCACACCCCAAAGCAUUUGAAAUAAAUGUUGCCUCAUACACCAAUCAGGGGGCUACUUUGGCUCAUUCUGGAAAAAUAAAUUGCUAGAUUAAUUCUUAGUAGGCUAUGGGCAGAGUCUGUCAGUGGCAUUAAAAGCUGACUCUGUGUCCGAAAUUCAAUCUUGUUGGCUUCAGAGGAAUUAAACUCCAGAGGUGGAGCACAAGGUGCAGCCACUAUUGUUCAGCACAACUGGCCAAGGAUAUGUUUCUCUCCUAAUGCCAUCAACAUAGAAGGAAUUACACUUCUUUUAAUUUACCCUUGUCCCACUGGAUAUUUAUGAUUUCUGUGUUUUGGAGGACUAUUUGAAUAUGAUCUAGUUCCCACUUAGAUCAAGAUUGUUUUCAGUAAAUUCUACAGUCCACCCAAGACUCUGAAAUAUUCAAAUUUUCUGUGGCAGGAGUUUCACCAUGGAAACCUCUGGGUUAUAUAUGGAGGUAUGGGGUGGGGUGGGGGGGUGGUUAACACAUAGGAUGGACUGAUUUUAAGCUUUAAGUAACAGGCAGGUUGUAAAAAUGUACUUUAAUAAGAACAGAAGCAUGACAUGCACAUUUAGAACAGUUUUUAAAACUCUUUUAAUGAGAAACAAAACAAAGUAUAAUAUUUCAAUGCUAAAACUGUCACCGUAAUUGUUUAUAUUUUAUACUGUCUUUUUAAUCAAAUUAUCAAAGUCAUUUGCUUUAUAUUCAAGCAUUUAGGCAAUAACUUUUGUUCAACCUUUGCAGAGCUAUCCUGGUAAGAUUUUGCCAUUGCUACUUUUGUAAACCUGGAGUAACUUUUGACAUCUCCACAUGUGCAAUUAAACAUAAAAAUGUACUUUUAGUUGAUGAUAUCCCACUUGUUGCCAGGAUGCACUCCUGCACUCUUUGCUAAUCUGUCAAUAUACAUUACCCAGUGUGUUAUUAUGUGUUGUUAUGUAGUUAUAAUAAAGAACUACAGUUCCCAGCAGGCAAUGCAAGGUGUCACAUAGGAAAACAGGAAGUGGCUGGAAAGAGCGGGAAAAGCCAGCCAGCUUGGUCUUGUAAGUCUGUGCAGUCUGUUGUUGUUUUGUUGUUUUAAUAAAUGUUCCGAUGCUAAACCCAUGCCAAGUUUGUCUCGUGAUGAAGAACAAACAUAACAUCCAGCAUUAGUGCUGAACCUGUAUGUAGUCACAACAGCAUUUUGAAAUUCAGUGACUUGAACUUCAGAGGCAGCCCUCUGUCACUACUUGAUGUUGCUUUUAAUGCUACUGAGCAAGGCUGAAUUUCGAGGGAACCUGAGCUUCAAAAUCUCGCUCACAAUUUUUAACAGAAUACAAAGACGUAACUGAUGCUUAACAACCUCUCUGGCAUUGAUAAACUAAUUUUAUGCUGGUGGAUCAUCAUUCCUUGGAAUGAGAUUGGAAAACUCUGUAACAAUGAUAAAAAUUAUCGUUUUUGUUUGUUGAGUACAUUUACAGUAUUUCGAUCUGACCUUUCAUUCAUUUCUGUCAAACACUUGAACAAUUAA